AUGGGUGACCUGAAGGUCGAGACGGAUGCUCUUCUUCGCGACAACAACUUUGCGUCUGACGAAUUCUCUGAGGCUGUUCUGCGCAGCAUCGGCCUGCAGGACUGGUCCCUCGAGAAGGAGGAAGAGGCUGCCCUUACCGAGCGUCGUGACUUCCGCGACGAGAAGGUCAUCACGCUCGAUCUUGACGGCUCUGUCGAGCUUGGCAAUGCCAUUCACAUCAAGACCCAGCCUGAUGGCAAGAUUGACAUUGCCGUCCACGUGCCCGACGUCACCCACUUCGUCAAGGCUAACUCUCUCGUCGACCGCGAGGCUAAGAAGCGCGGCACUGCUGUGCACUUGGUCAACCGCACUUGCGCCCUGCUCCCUCCUAAGAUCAGUGGAGAGGUGUGCUCCCUUGCGCCUGGUGAGGAGCGCCUGGCCGUCAGUGUCCUCUUCCGUGUCAACCCGCACAAUGGAUCUGUCGCUGAAGGUGACACCUGGGUUGGCAAGAGUAUCAUCAAGAGCACUGGCAAGAUCUCCGUCCAGGAGAUUGACGCGGCCCUUGGCGGCCAAGCUGACUGGACCCACGAGUCUGUCCAGCUCAAGGAUGUGCAAAUCCUCAAUGCUGUCGCCGAGAAAUUCCGUGAGGCCCGUCUCGGUGCCGGCGGCGAGCCCAUCGCCCCACUCCGCCUGCUCCAGCAGCUCGAUGACGAGAACAUCCCCAUCAAGCACAACAUUUUCGAUUCAUCCGCUGCCACCGAGCUCGUCGAGGAGCUCAUGCACAAGGCCAACACCUACGUCGCUCAGCGCAUCGCCCAGGGUCUGCCCGAGAAGGCCCUUCUUCGUCGCCAGGCUGCCCCCAACCCUCGCCGUCUACAGACUUUCUCUGACCGCAUGAACGCUCUGAAGUAUGACGUUGAUGUGUCCAGCAGCGGUGCCCUGCAAAACAGCCUGUUCAAGGUCGAUGACCAAGACAUUCGCAAGGCUGUGGCCGCACUACGCUCUUAA